AUGUGGGUGCUCCCUAGCUGGAAACAGAGAUGGAAUGGGCUAGCAAUUGUAACAGCCUGGAAGGUCAAAAUACUUCAGAUUGAGUUCUCUUGUGGUAGUAUGGCACCAGCGUUCCUAGAUGGCAGGGAUGCAAACUCUCUCCUCAAACGUUCUCCACGGGCCAAUGGCUUCCUGGAGGAGUUUCGGCAGGGUAACAUUGAGAGGGAGUGUGCCGAGGAGAGCUGCAGCUUUGAGGAGGCCAAUGAAGUGUUUGAAAAUAAGGAGCGAACGAUGGAGUUCUGGAAAAACCGCAGCAUUUACACAGUGAACAGCAAUGCUGAUUCCCGCUUGGAGCGCCCGGACACUGUGUACAUGGUAGUGCCUCUCCUGGGCGUGGCUCUCCUCAUCAUCAUCGCCCUCUUCCUCAUCUGGCGCUGUCAACUGCAGAAGGCCACGCGCCGGCGUCCGGCCUACACCCAGAAUCGCUAUCUGGCUAACCGAAAUGCCCGCAGCCUCCCGCGCAUCCUGGUGCACCGGGACCCUCCCUCACAUUCAGAGAACUCUAACGCCAAUGACAGGCCAGGCAUGGGGGUCAGCAGUGGCGAGAGGGGCAGGGUUUCGGUCGCACCACAAGACGGACAUCAUCACUCCAGCCACUCUCAGAACAAUCGCUCCCUCUAUGUACAAGAUUCAUCUUUGUCCGUGGCUUCCCACCUCUCCGGAGCGACCCCACCGCCUUCCUAUGAGGAAGUUACCGGCCACUUAGAGAGCAGCAGCGAUGAGACUACAGCCCCUUACAGUGAUCCUCCACCCAAAUAUGAGGAGAUAGUGCUAGAAAAGUGAGAUCUUUCAUAAAAGAGGAUUCAUAUAGCGGUAACCAAACGUUAAGGAUGCACUGGUUCCCAAGCACUGAUCUUAAUGUGGCUCUCACUCUGAACAGAGUGUGCAGGCUAUGAACGUGUACGGUCUUCUUUUGUCGUAGAUCGUGGACUGCACUAAUAAACGUGGUUGUUUUUCAAGUCGGAGAGGGGCCUCCUGCCUUCACACUCAUGCAGCCUUCUCACUAUUUCUCUCCUUCUUCGGCUGCAGUGGCUGCCCUUCAGAACAAAAAUGUGUAGAAGUAAGUGAAGAAGAGAUACAUCCCUCACAAGAGUUGCCAAGUUGUGCGCUGCAUUGUAAUCGCAUCAGGCUUCAAGCUUCAGAGCCUGCUAGGAAUCAGGAUUGUGACAAAUCCAACUGGUGUAUGGUAGAAAUGUGCAGACACACUGAAUAUUCAUAGUGUGUGCAUGCUGUCCUUUCUUGCAUUCAUAAAGUCAUGAUUUCACAAUUCCCUUACACCACGUAUACUAAUACCAGUAUCUCUGAUCCAUGCCAACGUCCUUAGAAUUAAUUAACACUGAUGGGAACAGAACAAAUCCAAAGCACAUAUCUGUAAAAUUGAAGAAAAUGCACUCACAGGUAUGCACACAAUUCGAUUGUUUACAGACACAUUCACAGAAAUUUACAUAGAAUGUAAUGCGUUUGUUUCGUGUGGAGCUAGGCCUUAGAAACACGUAAGAAUAGUCAAUCAAAUCGUCUGCUCGGUUGCUCAUUAUUUUACGGUUAUUGUGAGAUUUUACCUCAAAUGCUGUGCUCACACAAUCACUCUCUCUCAAGACACAAAUGCACACACACACACACACACAACUGUGUUUUGGGCCCAAUCAUUGGAUAAUACAACAUUCCAGGCCCUCGAUGUUUUUGUUUUGUUGUUCUCACCGUUGUUCUUAGACUGUUUACAAUGUGUUUUAUUACUCUUUUUAAUAACAGUGUAAAAACUGUGUGAAUUUGUACAGAGCUUUCUGUUGCUUUUGACAUUACUAGGUGCUAUACUGUACUAUAAUGCUGCUUGUUCUCACCUUGUUUCCCUCCUCAUCACUAUCUCUCUGUGUAUACUCCUUGUGCUCUAUCUAGUCAACCAAACUGCCCAUCUAUUAAACGCGGCUGAAUCACAUUUUCCAGCUCAGGUUUAAGCCAAUGAACUGCUGCCAUUGUAGUAAAUGUGUAAAUAAUCUCAAUCUCUCACACUGCCAACUUCUGAGUGACUGGGAUAUUUGACUUAAGGCAUGGUAACAUUUACCAACGUUCGCUGAAUUUUUGCUUGCAAAAUACAGUUAUUUGCGCUGACGGCAUAAGAUUGCCUUAGGCAGAUUCCACAAUGUUUGCUCAAAUUAGCCGGUUUGACCACAACAUUUUGCGAAUAUGACCAGACUUUUGUGUUGUGAUGGGAAUAUUGCUGUAUCAAUCCAAUAUAAAUGUAAAAGUGACAUUGCAAGGCAUCAGUGGGUUGAUGAGCAAAGCACUAAAACUAAUGAAGCCUUAAUAUAAUUGUGCUGAAAUCACUGUAUUGUAAAAUGCUAAUACAAAAAGGUUUAGAACUUUAACAUGACCAAACGCUUUUAUCCAAACAGUAGAUCAAACCGACUGAAUAAAUAUACAAAUACAGUAUUUGAAAGAUGUACUGGGGAAGUGCGUUUUGACCUUGCUUCUGCUCAUUGAAAAUGGAGGAAUUGCAAACGACUAACUUGAUUUGGGGCUUGGCUCAAGUCUCUUGGGCCUCUUUCUCCAGCCGCAACAAUCAGUCCCACAAUGCCCCAGCUCAGUGGACGGCAUUGAUAACGGCUGGCACGGACCGCAGAUCAGUUUCAGGCUUGGUUGCUGUUGAAAGACUGAUAAGAGAAUAGCAUAGACAACUCACUAUAGCAGAUGAUGAGCGUUACGAGAUGAGCUGGACUGCUGGUAGCUUCAGUGAGUUGUAAGUUAUGGCUGAACGUCACAAUGCCGCAUAAAGCAACAGGUUUCUAUUGUAACAACAUCAUGUCAGAGGUAGCAAGAGAGAUCUGUACGCGUGAAGAAAUGUGUGGGAGAAUAUGUGUGUACGUGUUCGUAUCUAUGCCUGUUGCCAGCGCUCAUGUUCCUGUCUAGGGUUUGUGCUAGUAAGAAUGUGCCACAGAAGCCACAGGCUUUGGUUUAUAUGCUAAAUGUUAUAUCCUAAACCAAAACAUGAUACAUCAUUGUUGUUCUUCAAGCCAAAUUGCAUGAUUUUUCUCAUCAAUAAUGAUAUGUAUUUUAUUUUUGUAUAUUGUUUUGUAUUUAUAUAUACCGUAUUUGUUUCCACUGUGGCUCUUAAUUAUCUUAAAUCUGUUUGUGCUAGUUACAACAAUUUUGCAUUUAAAUGUAAACACAUUUUAUGAACAUAAGCACUGGUAUUGAAAUUCAUAAUUAUGACAGAAUUGUACAUUUGUUUGUCUUGUAUCAGAUUUCCUUCAUUUUAGGUAUCAUGGCAAUUUCUAUACCAAAUGGAUAUAAUAUACUCAAAUAUCCAUUUAGUGUGAAUAUACAUUGCAUAUAAUCAGUUGCACAUGAAAGUCAGUUGAGUAAAUAGUAAACUGAUGCAUGAAUCCAGAUUUAUUUUUUAUUUUGUUUUAGAAAUAUUUCUUCAUAUUUAAAAAAAAGAAUCAACACAGCUCUGAGAGCUCAGUUUAAUUCAUGCUGAGUGCUUUGUGUUUUGCCACAGACUUGUUAAAAGCGUGAACUAUCAAUGAAGUAUGUAUCCCACCCAGAGACAAUGAUCAUUUAUUGCUCUUUAGUACUUUUAAUUAGGCUUUAAUUGUGUUUAAUAGACCACUGACUUUAAAAACAGCCAGAAGUCUUUAGAGUCUUCCAUAACAAAUAGCUUUUCUUUAAAGACUGGUCUCACAUGGAUCUUAACAGAGCUUCCAAUGAGAUUGAUAUGCUUUGAAAAAUUAAGUUGUUCCUGUUCUGUCACAAACAUCAUUUCAUUAAAUUUUUAUUUGCAGUACAUAUUAUAUUUGCCUAAAGAGUUGUGAUUAGAUAACUUAUUUUCGUUUCCCUGAGGUACUAUUAUAGUUUGUGUUCAUAUUUUUAAUUAGUUUUCGAUUUUUAUUUUCCAUUUUAAAUAAUGUAGUUUUUGUCAUUUAUUAUUUUUUUUUAUAUGUUUGCAUAGAUUUAUAGUACAUUCUGUAUAGGGUUUAGUUUAAUAAAUUUUAGUGCAUUAAGUUAACAAGCUGAAAUAUAUAUAUUUUUUUAUGUUUAAUAACCCUGUUAGAAAAACACUACAUGUUUACAUUUUGCUCAAAAAUGUGUAUUUAUGGCCACGGUAUAUAUCCAAAACAUAUGCAUUUGUUAAAUUAAGGGAGAUAAAACAACAUUGCACAUGUAUGAUACUUGAGAAGUGUUUUUCUUUCCCUGAGAUCACACUUUUAUUAAAUGUUCCAAGUGCCAAUUUACUUUUUGUGAAAACAAUGAUGUUCUUGGAUAAUAAUCUAUUAAAAAUGGGAAAACGCUGUAUAUA